AUGCUAGCCACUUUCGCCGCUUUUACACUUAUACUGGCGCGAAUCGCCACCAUCUCGGCCGAGCGGACCCCUCGAGAAAUCCCCUGGGCGGACAAAACAUUCGGACCUGACGGACCAUGGCGAGCUAUCGAUGCCAAAGUCGGCCAACACAGACGAGAUGUCAACCUCUUUCCUGGAAGCGAUUGGGAGACGUGGUUGAUCGAAGACGACUACUGUGAAAAAGGCACCUGCUACGCUUCCGAGGCCGGCACCUACGGCAAGUCGUCUGGCACUACAGCAGGGAUUUCAUGGAAAGCAGCGCUGGAGAACUACAUGCGUGGAGUGAGCUUGGAAGGUGAAGGCGGAACUGCGUAUCUGGACGAUCUCGAGCUGGGUGGCAUCACGGUGACAAAUGCGAGUCUUGCUGUACUGGGAACGUCAGUACCGCAGAAGCUCAAGUAUCCCGGAGGCCAGACGGCUGGAUUCUUUGCUGGGUGUUUAAGCCUUGGCGGAAGGAGAGAGACCAACCAGAGUUUCAGUGUCGGUGAUGAUUCCCCAACCAUCAACGCCAGUCUCCCGUCCGGUUGGUUAUGGGAGAAUGAAUAUACAGAGUCAUACUCGUUCGGGAUGCACAUUGGAUCUGUUCAGCCUGCGACUAGGGUCCCUGGCUCUCUAUGGUUCGGAGGCUAUGAUCAGAACCGUGUUGUGGGAGACAUCCUCAGUAUGAAUGGCGGUCCUAGAGAUGGAAUCACGCUUCGAGACAUCAGCAUCGAUGUGGCGGGUAGCAAAUCUCCGUUCGAGUUCAGGUCUAAAGGUGGUCUGCUUGCUGAGGGUAACUCAUCCAUUGGACCUUCCUUCAAAGUAUUGGUUGAUGGUUGUUCACCCUAUCUGACACUUCCCGAGUCGACCUGCAACAAUAUUGCCUCACAUCUCCCCGUCAAUUUCAGCAAAGACCUCGGACUAUACCUAUGGGACACCAAAUCUGAAAAGUAUAAGGAGAUCAUCUCCUCCACUUCGACGUUGAGCUUCGAGUUCAUUUCGACAUCGAACACCAACCCAGUCAAGAUCCGCAUUCCAUUCAUGCACCUCAACCUCACCCUUGAAGCACCCCUCGUCGAUGAUCCGGUUCCAUACUUUCCAUGUCAUGUCAACGGCGGUGAUAGAUGGGUCUUAGGACGCGCCUUUCUUCAAGAUGCCUUUAUCGGAGCAAAUAUGCGUCGAGGCGUCGAUACUUGGUGGUUAGCUCAGGCUCCUGGGCCUAAUAUACAAGCGACCGCCAAUCCUGUCACGAUCGGGGAGAAGUAUACCACGGUUGAGAAGGGAGGAAAUGACUGGAACCAAUCAUGGACUGGGUUCUGGGAUGACGAACAGGCUCCUUCAAGUACACCAAGCUCCACAGCUGACACGACGGAUGAUGGCAAUAAAGGAGAGUAUGAGGAAGAGGAAGAGGUUGGAAUGACGAAUGCGGCAAAGGCCGGUAUCGGCGCUGGGAUUGCUGCUGCUGUGAUCGCCAUUGGAGUCGGGGCCUUUAUCUACUGGCGUCGACGUCGAGCUCAGACUCAGACUCAACCAGCCCCCGAGUCCACUAUUGCACAUAACAUGGUACAACAUUACAAUGAUUCGAAGCCCCACGAGCUACCACCACGUUCGCCCCAGGAAUUAGCUGGUCACGGUGUCUAUUCACAGAGGUCUUAUCAGCGGUUCGAACUUCCUUGA